AUGGAGGAAACUAAGCAUCGGAAAUACCGGGGGAAGAACUACACGGCGGAGGAGGAGAUGGUCCUGCUGGAGCUCGUGGCGGAGGAGAAGGCGGUGCUCCAGGACCCGAAAUCAGAUGCAGAGACUUGGUCGCGAAAGCAGAGGACGUGGAUGGAUAUAGAGGAGCGGUUAUAUUUGAGGACAGGCAGUCGUCGGCACUACAAAGUACUGAGGGAAAAAUUCUGCACCCUGAAGCGCCAGUGCAAGGCGGAUUUGAGAAAGAGGAACAUUAAGGAGCCCACAAAAGGAGCCGUGACCGAGUUGAUAGUCUCCAUGCUGCAUGGGGAACCGGAAAAAACGCAGGCGGAAAAGCCAGUAGCUGAAAAGACUACAGCGGAAAAGCCAAUGAUCGAAACCCCAAAGGCACAACAGCCAAUGGAGGAGAGCCCCAUGAAAAUAGACACCAGUAAUAUAAAAACAGAAUUACUUAUUGAUUUCAUUCGCGAAGGCAGCGAAGAUGAUACAAACGAUGUUGGCGAUGCGAGCACAUUCCUGGAGGACACUCUGGCAGAAGAAGAACCCCCAGCCUCCAGUUCUGGGUGGUCUGAGAAAAUGAUGCCCGAGAGGGGAAAAGAAGCCCCCGGGGGAAUCGUAGAGCAGCAGAAGCUCAAUCUCAUCCUGCUGCAACAGGAGUUUGUCAGGACAAAGACGAUGCAAUUGAAGGAAAUGCACGAGAUGGUGAUGGAGGAGAAGAGGAUAAAGCUGAACCAGGAAGUUCGAGAGGGGAAGCUUCGCAUCGAGCUGUUAGAAUUAGAAAAGUUGGAGAAGAAGGCCAAGCUUGACAAAAAAUCAUAGUUCAUAUAGAAA